CUCAGUGCCUGAAUUUUGUAUUAUCAUGCUUUUUUGGUGAUAGCAAUGAUAUGACUCUGAUAGAGUGUAGCAGUAAAUAAAAGCGCCUGCAUAUGAUGUCAUACCAAGGGGGAAAGAUCUGAUUCGGUUUGUGUGUGUGUGGGGGGGGAGUGCAGCUGUCAAAAUAUAAAAAGGCCAACAGUAUGCAGAGGAGAAGAGAGAAAAACGACUUGUUGCAAGUUUGAGUGAAAAAACUGUACUAAUGGAGCAAAGGCAAUGCUGAACUUUGCAAUCAUUCAGCACUUCUUUUUGGUCAUGGCUCCAUUUGCAUUAUUAUAAUAAUUAUGGAUGACAAAUCCUCUCAGGAGCUAUUUCGUAUUAUAUCAGCGAAAUUUAACUUUGGGUUACAGGCAUAAGAACGCCGCAAAAAUAUGCCACAUGCACAUACACUUUUUCUCUCGCUCCCACCUCUCGUAAUAUAUCAUUUAAAAAAAUAUGAAGGCUUAUGUUGUCAACCAGUGGCUCAAGGGUCCUGAGGAUCUCGUCCUUUCGACCAAUGUUCCCGAACCCGAGCCCAAGCAGGGCGAAUUACAGAUUGAAGUCAAGGCGAUCGGCCUUAACUUUUUCGAUACCCUCAUGAUUCAAGGCCGUUACCAAAUCAAGCCUCCAUUCCCCUUUGUUCCCGGUGGCGAGUUCGCAGGUGUAGUCAAAAAGUCAACCGUGUCGCAAUACAAGGCUGGCGACAGAGUGUUUGGUUCAGGUUUCUCGUUUGCCGAAGUGAUCACCGUCGAAGCUAGCAAGGUGUUGCCUAUUCCCAAGAACUUUUCAUUUGAACAAGCUGCUGGUUUGUAUAUUACCUGGCCUACGUCGUAUGCUGCCUUGGUCUUGCGCGCUCAGUUGAAGGCCGGUGAAUAUUGUCUUGUGCACGCAGCAGCAGGCGGUGUUGGUAUUGCUGCCGUACAGAUCGCCAAGGCAAUUGGCGCCAAGGUCAUUGCUACUGCUGGAUCGACUGACAAGUUGGAGAUUGCUAAAAAGUUCGGUGCCGACUAUGCCGUCAAUUACCGCGAUAAGGAUUGGACUGAGCAGGUUAAGAAGAUUACCAAUGGUCAUGGUGCUGAUGUCGUCUAUGAUCCCGUUGGUUUGAUUGAACAAAGCACCAAAUGCACGGCAUGGAACGGACGCAUUUUGGUCGUCGGUUUCGCUAAGGGUACCUUUGAGAAGUUGCCCACUAACCGUGUGCUGUUGAAGAACAUUUCUAUUGUCGGUAUCCACUGGGGUGCUUACACCAAGAACGAGCCUGAAAGCAUUCCCAAGGUGUGGGAGGGUCUCUUUGGAUUGUUCGAGUCCGGCCGUGUACAGCCCGCCUUGUAUCACAAGGUGUACAACUUGGCCAAUCUUCCUCAAGGCAUGGACGCCAUCAACAACCGUGAGACUUAUGCCAAAGUUGUUGCUACUGUUGGCGGCCAUGAUAGCAAGAUAUAAAUAAUUGGGUUAUAUCCGCAACUUCCUCUUCUCCUUUGACUUUUCCUUCCCUCUUCUUCUCCCUUCGACACACGCAUACACAUCACUUUGUUUCAGAAAAAGAUGUAUUAAUAAUUUUGCUAUGCAAAAGCCGGGCUAUGCAGCAAUGCCGCGUUAUUUUUCUGUGUUUCUUCAAAUUAAAAUCCGCUAUAUAACGUAUUGUAGAC